AUGGAGAGCGGGAGGACACUCUUAAAACACAUCUUUACCUGCAUCCUGGGAGCAGUGUUGUUCUUCCUUGUAUAUCUCUACUUUGACGGGAAAUCAGGGAGGUGGGAUGCUCCAGGUCACAGAAGAGUAGCAGGACCAUCAGCAGCAGCAGCAGCAGCAGCAGCAGUAGAACUACAAUGGGAGGAUCCUGGUCCGUAUCAUGUGGCCUAUCCCCGAAACUACAAAUUCAUCCUGGAUGACACGCCGACAUGUAAGAGCACAACCCCUUUCCUGGUCCUGAUGGUUCCGGUUGCACCCAGUGACGUGGCGGCUCGGGACGCAAUCCGGAGGACAUGGGGAAAUGAGAAACUGGUUCUCGGUCAGCUGGUUGAGACCCUCUUCAUUCUGGGCCUGCCUGGAGGAGCUGAUGCACAUCAGCAGCAGGAGAAGCUCAAACAGGAGAACCUGCAGCACCGUGACCUGAUCCAGAGUAACUUCCAGGACAGCUACCGCAAUCUGACCAUCAAGACCAUGAUGAUGCUGGAGUGGCUGGCUGCGCACUGUGUCAAGGCCUCCUAUGUCAUAAAGAUUGACUCAGACAUGUUACUCCAUGUCCAGAAUUUGGUUAAACUGUUGCUGGAUCCCAGCACGGCCAAGCAAAACUACAUGACGGGUUUGGUGUGGUGGCACAGCCCGGUUUUAAGAAACCCAUUCAACAAGUUCUACAUACCGAGAGAUGUGAUUGCCGAGCCAGAGUACCCCCCAUAUCCCCUGGGCAUGUCCUACGUCAUGUCCUUGGACCUGCCUGGGAAGAUCCUGGGAGUCUCUCCUCAGAUUAAACCUUUGUACAUUGAAGACGUCUACCUGGGUAUGUGCCUAAAACACCUGAGCGUCUCUCCAACCGACCCUCCGGAAAAGACCAUGUUCAUUGUCGACCCCUUGCAUCCUCUGAGCGCCUGCAGCCUUUCAAAAGUGAUCGCUGUGACAACGACCAGCAUCCCACAGAUGACUAGCUACUGGCAGAGGAGCAGACAGCCAGAAUCUAAAUGCUGA